AUGACCGAUCCGUUUUCAAUUGUCACCGGGGUUGCGGGCAUCAUAACGCUGGCGGGCGAAGUGAUCAGCAGAUGCUAUCGGUAUGGCUGCGCCGUUUCCGGCGCCCCCGACGAAGCGAAGCGACUCGUGUCUGAAGUCACUGGGCUCAGUGGUAUCCUGGUCGGUGUCCAAGUCUUGGUGAAACAGAGCAGUCUCCCCGAGUAUCAGCUGGAACACCCUCUGAGGGACUGUUUGGCGGUCUUGCAAACUCUGUCAUCGAAGUUGCAAAAGUACUCUCUGGACUCGAGCCAGUCAUCUGGAAAGCGAGCAAUCAGUCGGCUCCUGUGGCCGUUACGCAGGAGUGACACGGAAGAACUUAUCACGACCAUCGAGCGGCACAAGAACUCCCUGUCGCUGUCCCUGAGCUCGCUUUCGGUGGAAGCUCUCAUGAGUCAAAGCACGACCAUCGAAGACAUCUCAGACAGUCUUGCGGAUCUAUCGAUGAACGUCAAAUCCAGCCACGCAGCACAGCAACGCCGAGACAUCCUAGACUGGCUUUCCGAGCACCAGUACGAGGCGCAGUAUCAGCGCAGCUAUCAACUCCACUGCUCAAACACAUGUCGUUGGCUCCUAGCUGACCCUGCGUUUCUCGACUGGUCGAAAGCCAGGUCAUCUCUCCUGUGGAUGCAUGGCCAAGUAGGCACUGGGAAGACGAUUGCCACGAGUUAUCUCAUCCAUCACCUGAUCACCACGAAACGGAGCGACUCGCUGCUUGGGUACUUCUACUAUGAUGCCAGUACGAUGGAAAGCCUAACGCCAGAGAGUUUCUUCGGCGCAAUCAUCAAGCAGUUCUGCUCGGACCUUCCUGAACUCCCCGCCGGGAUUGUCGAUGCAUACGCGAGAGCUUCGAAUCGCACGGGGAGCCCGAAACGAGCAAGCCUGGGCGACCUCGAGUCUUUCUUGCGUUCCCUCCUUGAGAGUCAUGACUCUGCAACCAUCGUGGUGGACGGCUUGGAUGAGUCACCCAACUACGCGGCCGUGUGCGACUUCCUGACCUCGACCGUCUCGGCGGGCAAAUAUGCCUUGCGAGUCUUCAUCAGCAGCCGGCCGGAGCUGCAUCUUCGGCGCCGAUUUCGUGGAUUCCGAGAGAUCCCAGUACCCGAAGUCGCGGUCGAGGAGGACAUCAGUGUCUAUAUCAGGAUGAGAAUAAACACAAGCCCACGACUCCGGCGUAUGAGCGACAAGAUGAAACACUACGUGGAGAUGACUCUGCGAGCAGAUUCUCAUGGCAUGUUCCGUUGGGUGCAAUGCCAGCUGGACGAAAUUUCACGGCUGAGGACUGACGCGGCUCUGAAGAAAGCCCUCAAUCACCUACCAUCCAGUCUUGAAGGCUCCUAUUUGAGGAUCCUAAACACCAUCGCCCCGGAAGAUGUUGCGUUUGCGAAAAGGGCCCUCUUGUGGCUCGCUCACGCCUCGACACCGCUGAGCCUGACCGAGCUUGCGGAAGCCGUGGUCCUGGAGCCAGAAUUUGACUUCUUGGAUUCCGACUCGAAGCUGAACGACCCAAACGACGUCAUCGACAUCUGCCGCAGCCUGAUCGCCUUCAAUCCGCUGUCCAAAACUGCACGUAUUGCCCACCACUCGGUGCGCGAGUUCCUCACAGAACGACUGGAUCAGACUUCCGAGUUCCACAUUCCACCUCAGAUGUCGCACCGGAUGAUAGCCGAGGCAUGUCUCUCGUACCUGCUGCUAGAUGACUUUGCGGCGGGGCCAUUGUACCGGGAAGACUUUUCGUGGACGCUUUCGAACUUCCCGCUUCUGAGGUACGCCGCCCAGAAUUGGCCGUUUCAUGUGCAGUCGUCUGGCGCGGAGCUCGAAUUGCUCCCUCUUAUCCGCAAGUUGAUGACCAUCAAGGCGAACCCCAAGUUCUUCUUCUGGCUUCAAGUUGUCCUCUUUGAUUCCAGACACGGCUAUCUCACUCCCGGCGCGGAGCUCGAGGACGCCAGACCGCUGUAUUACGCCGCAUCUUAUGGUCUGACAGAGACAGUCAGGAGUCUAGUGCAGGCCGGCGCCAACCUUGACGAGUGCGCCGGAAGAUACGGCGGCACGGCUUUACAUGCCGCGGUAUGGCGAAAACAGCCCGAGAUACUAGACAUUCUCCUCGAUGCCGGGGCCGACCCGACCAUCAAAGACUACAACGGAGCGUCCCCGGCGGAUCUCUCCAUCUGGAGUGGAUCGAGGUCUUUGUAUCUUCGCAUCUCCGAGCGCGAUCGUGACCGUGAUAGUAAGAACGCGCUGGCACCAUUGAUUUCAGCAAUUCUCAGAGUCAGGGAGAAGGAACUCUCCGCCACAGACUCCAGGUUCGAUGCCGAAACCGAGGAGGUAGUUUCCCUGGUCAGGAGCCAGCCUGAAGGUGUAAUUGAACGGCUGAAAGAGGAGAAAGGCUUUGAUGACGAUGAUGAUGAUCCGAUGACAAUUCAUUUCCCGGCAGUGCGUAAAGAAGCUUAUGCUUUGGCGAAGUUACUUGGCGGCGGCGAUACCAGCACGGGGAUAGGCAGAGCCGGCGACACCAAGGAGAGUCCUCUACCCUCCGCCCGAUUGGCCGGUGGUGCUGGAUCCUUGCAGGCUGCGGAGUUGGAUAUCAAGCCCGAAACGAACCAGGACUGA